UUCACUUCUUGGGUUAGAAUUUAGGUUUUAGGUCCCGCCGCUCUCACAUGUAGUGUAUGAGCUAUGCGGGUUCGUUAUGGCCUUUUUGAAAAGGGAAGAAGGAUGAGCUAGAUUCGUCCCUGUCGAUGGUGCAUCAUAUCUAAUAUUAAUCUGGCAUGAUCACUUCAAAAGGUCUCUACGCAAUACACACCAAAAAUCUCGGUCAAGAUCAUACAAAUCAACAAUCAAGAGCCACUCUUUUGCCAAGGCCAUCAACGGACAGGCAUUGAUUGGAAGCCGAUUCUUCGUAGAGUCGACGCACAAGAUCUCCGUCUUUUACUCCCUCUCCAAUCGCCACAGAGUCUACAAUCCGAGCCAUGGCCAAAGACAAGCGCUCCAAGGCACACGCGCAGCCUCCUUCCUCCACCGCGACCACGACCACCACGACCAGCACGAGAACUGCAAAACCCAACUGGCCCCCCUUUAAACCUCCGCUCCCCGUCGUCGACCUCACCCUCGAGUCGCUCGUCGAGGGCAAAGUCGUUGUCCUGCGGUCCUUCUUCCCGCGCUCUCUCUGCAGGGAUUACGUCUCCUUCCUCCGAGAGCUGCCGCUCGUCACGACCCCGGGGAAGCCCAAGCGGGGCGAGGCCGUGAGGGUCAACGACCGCUUCCAGGUCGACGAUGCCCAGUUUGCCGACCGGUUAUGGACCGAGACAGGGCUGAAAGAUGCCCUCGCCAGCCCGGAUAUCUCCCACUUGUGGGGAGGGGAAGUCGUUGGCCUCAACCCAAACAUUAGGAUCUACCGGUACAGCGCCGGCCAGUUCUUUGACGCGCACUACGACGACUCCAACAACGUCACCCUCCCGUCCAAGGAGCCAGGCCAGCAGGCCGUCCCGGCCAAGACCACCUGGACUCUGCUCCUCUACCUGACCUCCUCCGCCGAAGGCUGCAUCGGCGGCGAAACCGUCUUCUACCCGCACGACCGGCGCUCGGCCAAGGACGAGAUUGCCGUCAGCCUCGAGACCGGCAUGCUGCUGCUGCACAAGCACGGCAAUGACUGCAUGUUGCACGAAGGCAGGGAGGUGACGGCCGGGGAGAAAUGGGUCAUCAGGACGGAUUUGUGCGUCAAGAGGUGAGGCGACUGCAAAUCAAAUCUCCCCGCAGCCACAUGGGCCGCGUGCGGAGAACGUGACAUGAAAAAGAUGCUCUAGCGAGGGUCAAUAGGGCCCGGGGACGCGGGCAUUCCCUGCGAUGUCUUGUUAAACACGGAACAAGGGUAGCCCAUCGAUUCUGGAGCUGGCUCAAGAGUCGGGAGAGAGAGAGAGUCAUGCUGCACCGCUUGCUACGAGCUCGAGUCAUCGCAAAUAAGGAUUUGGCUCGUCAGAGCCAUCAUACCCCGAGAUAGUACGCAAUCUACAGCAAUCGCCCAAGCCCGCUCCGAGACGCCACUACACCCUAACCACUUGUAUCCCCCCCCCCCC